AUGCCAUUUAACCCAGAAACUGUGGUAAUUCUGUCAAUUCUGAUGACUUUUCUGGCCUUUUCUAUCGUGCUAGGAAAUGGCUUGAUUAUUACAGCAUUUGUGGUGGACAAAAACCUUAGACAUCGGAGUAAUUUUUUUUUCCUUAAUCUGGCCAUUGCUGACUUUUUUGUGGGUGCAAUCUGCAUUCCUUUAUAUAUCCCUUAUGAAACGACAGGUAAAUGGAGCUUUGGAAGUGAUCUCUGUCUAUUCUGGCUAGUUAUUGAUUAUCUUUUGUGUACAACAUCAGUGUAUAACAUCGUCCUCAUCAGCUACGACAGGUACCAAUCAGUCUGCAAUGCUAUAGCGUAUCGAACUAAACAAACAUCGAUCUCAAGGACAGUCACUUAUAUGGUAGCCGUGUGGGUAUUAGCAUUCUUGAUACAUGGUCCAGUAAUCCUACAUGGGAGUAAAGAGAAGAGCAAGAAUACAGAAUGCCGAAACCAACUUUUUUAUACUAUCCAUUACAUCGUCAUCACUUCCAUCUUGGAGUUCUUUGUCCCAACCAUCUUGGUGAUCUAUUUCAACUGUUGCAUUUAUUGGAGCCUACAGAGUCGCAGUCGAGCCAGAAGCAACCCUGUUCCUACCCCUAACAUCCCUUCUCCAGUCGAAGGCAAUUCAGUGACCUGUGCAUUCUUUUCAAAGGAGUGUCUUCCUAAACCUGAUGAAGAAGUUCCUUCCCUUUCUGUGAAAAAGAUGAGAAAGAAAAGUCUUUUUGAUGUUUUAAAAAGCCAAGCAGAGGAUGAAACGGCUUCUGUUGAAUUGUCCUCUUUAUCCCACUCAAAUUCUGUGCCUGUUGACUUGAGAGCUCAGCGUGAACUGCUCAGAGACAGGAAAAUAGCCAAGUCACUUGUUGUUAUUUUGGGGGCUUUUGUCUUUUGCUGGGCUCCCUAUAUUUUGUUCACAAUUGUUCUUUCAGUUUGCCAAUAUCCUAUAGACAAUCCCUGGUAUAUUUUUACAUUUUGGCUUCAAUGGUUUAAUUCCUUUCUCAACCCCUUUCUGUAUCCUUUGUGCCACAAAAGAUUCCAGAAUGCUUUAAUGAAAAUAUUUUGUAAGAAAAAGCUAACAGUUUCAUCACAGGCAUCACUUUCUAUUUAA